GGAUAAGAAUGUUAAUAGAUAUCUUUUACUAUGCAUUUGUGAAUUCGAAAUAGCGCGCGUCGCAUGCGUCGUGAGCGAGCGCUGUUAAUAGCAUGUGGCGAACAGAUAAGGUGAGAGAGAGAGAGAGAGAGAGAGGGAGAGAGAUAAAUAAAGAGGCGAGACAAAAGUGGCUUUCUUGGUCCUCUCCUCUUGCUCCUCUCCACAGUCUCUACGAUCUCCACUGUUCCAUACGUUCGUCAGUAAGUGGGAUACAUUUCAUACGUGCGUGCGUGCGUGCGUGUCUCUCGCGGAUCCGAAACGAUCGGUGGUCGAUAGCGUGACGUGACGUGACGACGACUCGUUUCUCAUCGGCCACAUUGCCGUUCGCGGUGAAGUAGUGCUCCCGUUGCACGUCCAUAUGCUGUACGCAACGGAAUGGUCCUCGCGCGAUUCUUCCUCAAGAAGCCAGCGACGCAGAACGACAACGCUGCCGCCGGCGACACCUCCGCCGUCGCCGUUGCGGUAGUAUCUGGCGAUGUGACCAGCGCUGCGACGAAGAGCAUGCUAUGCAUCCAAGAGGAGCUGGCUCAGCUGAGUGAAAUCGCAGGAAGUCCUGAACGGCUAAUCACCGAACUGCGUGAGGUUCAAUUGCCCAAUAAUAAUCACCUCAAUUUCGCGAGUAACUCCAAUGACGCCGCGACAAAAUGCGCUCCCGAAACGGAAAGCAUCGAUUCUCAACGAUCGAGUUGGGUUGAAGGCAUCCUGGGAUGCAUGCGUCCCGUUUGGACUAUGCUAUCGAAGGCUGCUAUUAAUGAAAAAAUCAAGGGUCUUUCAAGUAAGUUAUCAGACGAUUGGGAGAUAGCUUUCGAAACAAUCAGUGAGCUGCAAUGGCUCGGAUCUGGGGCUCAAGGUGCAGUAUUUAGUGGUAAAUUAAAUAAGGAAAUAGUAGCUGUUAAAAAAGUAAAGGAACCGAAAGAGACUGACAUACGCCAUUUGCGGAAACUCAAUCACCCGAAUAUUGUACAUUUCAAAGGAGUGUGUACAAAACCUCCUUGCUAUUGCAUAAUAAUGGAGUUUUGUCCAUUCGGACCAUUAUAUGACCUUCUAAGAGCUGGAGAACCGGUUCCUCCUGCUAGAUUGGUGUCAUGGUCAAAACAAAUUGCUGCAGGAAUGGCGUACCUUCAUGCUCACAAAAUUAUACACAGAGAUCUCAAAAGUCCAAAUGUUCUAAUAGGACAAGGGGAAAUAGUGAAGAUCAGUGAUUUCGGCACGAGUAGACAAUGGAAUGAGAUUAGCACAAAAAUGACUUUUGCUGGUACGGUGGCGUGGAUGGCGCCGGAGGUAAUCAGGAACGAACCAUGCUCAGAAAAAGUAGACAUAUGGUCGUACGGCGUCGUACUAUGGGAAUUACUGAGCGGCGAAAUACCUUACAAAGAUGUGGAUUCCUCCGCUGUAAUGUGGGGAGUGGGCAGCAAUUCUCUUCAUUUACCAAUUCCCACCAGUUGUCCGGAGGGAUAUGGGUUACUGGUUAAGCAGUGUUGGUCGGCCAAACCACGUAACAGGCCUUCCUUUAAACUUAUUGAGAUGCAUCUCGCUAUCGCAGCUGUUGAUGUACUUUCUACAGAGCCUGAAGAUUAUUUUAAGGCACAGCAAUCUUGGAAGAAGGAAAUACAGGAACACAUGCAGCACAUGCCACUAUUUACUAAUACCGAUCCACGUUUCGAGGCUGAGCUAAUCCGACGAAGAAAGGAUGAAUUACGACACGCUCAGGAUGUCAGGGAACACUAUGAGCGUAAACUCGAACGCACUAACAACUUAUACUUGGAAUUGAACGCUAUUCUACUGCAAUUAGAAUUACGCGAGCGAGAUGUGAUAAAACGACGCAGUAUCGCUUUGCAUAACCGCUUUGCGCUUACGAGACAGAUAGCACAAGACUGCAACCAAAGUCGCACAUUUGGAAAUAAAUGUCUGGUUUGUCUCAGGAGAGAACAAUCAACAGGAUACAAGCAGUACAAGAAACGUCUUGUCCGUCCUUUAUUGAAGGCCCAGGAGAGACUGUAUCGCAGACGGAGUGGCACUGUACAAUUCUCUACUUCUUCGACGCCUACUACUCCUCCUUCGCCUACGGAUUCACCACAGAGCCCCGUUAAAGCUACCAUGUACACGCAACUGAAUGAAUCCAAUCAGCCGGAAACUGUUUUAGCAUCAAACAAUAGUUUCAAACAACGUAAAUACAGGCAUCGUAGAGUCGGUUCAGGUUGUGGUGUGAGUUCCAGUCCUAGAUCGAGUCCUCAUCGUGAGAGAAAGAGUGUAGAGGUACCUGCCAGAUUCAUUGAUAGCCACACACAAACGGACAUCCUGGAUAUCAGUGAAACGGAUCACAUCUCGAUAGCGAAUGUAGCGCUUUCUUUACCAGAAAAAUCCUCUUUGGAUCUCGUCAGAAGACAUUCAUUGAAUAAGCAAAUGACAGAAUGUUUAAAUGGGAAUCCAAUUUUGCCGGAAACGCACUAUCCGAUGCAAACUAGUUCAUGUUCCAGUCCUGAGCACUUAAAUGAAAAUAACGCUAAUGGAAACGAACGUUUGAAGGAUUGUAGCGACGACGACAAUCUUGAAACUCUCGGCAGAAAAGUCAGCGAAAUUAUCAAUGCGAAUCGUCUUAUCAUUGACAAUGGAAAUGGCGAUGAUGUCAUAAUCUCCCAUAGUAGGAAUAAAGAAGAUUCGGGCAAAUUAUCCGGGCAUUAUGUAGAACAAUCCGAUAUUAAAAUACGAACUUCUUCGGAUAAUACGGAUGAUCGCGAAGACGAUGCUUGUGAAGAAAGCUGGUCAGAUGAAGAGGGAGAAGAUCCAAGCUAUACUUAUAAUUAUUCCUUAAGACGAAGAAGUAUCGCAAGGAGGCCAAUCGGUCCCGGAUGCAGAUUACGAAGGUCAAAACUAAUAACACCCGGGAGAAUACAGGGGGCAUUAGCUUCUGAUGAAGAAAAUACUUCUGAAUAUUCGCAUCCUCCGUCCAGUCAGACUUCCACCUUAGAAAGUAAUCCGGAUGUUCAAAGAGUUCUUCGUAAUAUACAUCAUUCCCAAAAAAGAAAGGAAAUAGACGACGUUUCUGACACAUCGAGUCAAUCGGAAACGGAUGAAGUCAGUGAAAUUACAAUUGCAUCUCAACCGGCAAAUGGAUCCAUGAAGAUGGAAAGCCGAAUAUAGAUUAGUUAUUAGUAUAAUUUUUAUAUCUGAUUUAUGAUCGGUUUAUAAAUUAGAGUUACUGCCUGAGUGAAAUUCAAUAAUCACAUCAUCUUUCAUUCUGUAACUUAUGUUGCAUAUUGUAGAUAUCUAUUCAUAUAUGUGUAUACACACACACACACACACACACACACACACACACAUCUAUAUCCUGACAUACAUAUAUAUAUACAUAUAUAUAUACUUGCAUUCACAUAAUCAUCUUCAUAUAAAACAUGUAUACAUACAUAUAUUAAAAAGUAUAUAAUAUUAUUUAGGAAACAAAUGAUUCACAAGCAAAUAAUUCGAGAAUUUGAGACUAUAUCCUUGAUUGAUUAUUAAAUUCAAAUAGUUUUCUUAAUCAAAUGCAAAAAGCAUUCUUAAUCAAUGUUUGAUCAGUUGCCAAGAUACAUAAAUUGCUACAAAAUCAGUUUAAUAUUGCUCAAGUUUAUUUGAGUUAUAUACAAAAUUUUUCAGCAUAUACAACAUGAGUGUAAAUGUAGUGCUCAUUCAACAAAUCUAGAUACUGCUUCGAAGGAUAUUAUUUCCUGUGUAAUUACAUUAGUAUGAUUCGAAAUCGCUACAUCGGGAUUUUUAUGCUUAACACUCAUUAAAUUUAUUAUAAUAUUUGUCAUUAUGUAAAUUAUAAGCUGUAUCCGGUAUACUCUGCAGAUACAAAAAAAUCAUGUAUUUAAUUCUUCCAUGAUAUCUAAUAUUUAGCAUUCAUAAUUCUUUUUCUGAAUAUGUACUCUAAGUCACAAAUUUAAUUUCAAAUUCAAACUGUGCAUACCCAUUGCCAUAGAAAUAAGUUUUGAAAAAUCCAGGCAGUCAACAACUCUUUAAAUUCAUAUAUUUCCCUGCUUAUGUAUGUGUUUAUGUUUGACGAAAUGGAAAGGCAGCUGUAAAUAGUAAGAUGCCUUCAUAGUUAUGAAAGCAUCUAGUUGAUGAUAUUAUGUACAUGCACAGUUUAAAUGCAUUCUCUUAAAGAAAAGGAAUUUAGUGAACCUCUCGAAACAGAAUAAAAUGUACAACGUAAUGAUAACAAAUUUUAUUAUGACAUAAGUGCCUAUGGCAAUUUGCAUGCAUCGACGAUGUCGAAAUGUCUAGUGAAAGUUAGAGAAUUGAUAAUAAUACGCAAUUUAGUCUUUGAAGCAUGUAUUGAAAGAUGUUGUACCUGUAUGAUCUUUUAUAUUUGCAAUAUAUUAUGGAUACGAAGAUGUUAGGCAAAAAUCGAAAAGUAAGGAAAAAUACAAAAAUGCGAAACUUCCUUCCUCGGAAGUUAUAUUUACAAUAGGAGAGUACAUAUUGUGCUAUCGUAUGUAUUUUCCAAAACAUAUGCUCAUACGUAAGAAACUUAAUUCUUUUUUUUUACUUCACAGCCAACAAGAGUCAGAGAGCGUAAGUCUACAAUGACUAUGUACUUAUUAAUUUCAGCCUAAGCAUUUAAUGUAUAGUUUAAGAAGUGAGUUGUAUUGCGCGAAAUAGUUAAAUAGUGGUGCAGGUUACGCGAGUUUCAAAACGAAGCUCAACAAUAGCACUGGACUGCACGCGAACCUCAUACUCAUUCCGCGAACUACUGGUACUAAUAAUUAUUGUAAGUUCUAUCUCUCUGUUCCAUACGCAUGUGUCUACGAACUAUUUCGUUUACUCGAUUACAGGAAAGAAAUGAUGUUUUGCAUCCAUCUAUUGUACCUGCUUUGAAACUCAAAUUGCCUUAAUGACAAUUAUAUACAUCUGUAUCUGUAAAUAUAGACAAUACAACGGGAACUUAGCGAAUAAGCAUAAAAGUAGAAUAAUAAUUUUGAUGUGCUCAUCUGAACGAAAUAAUUUACGAGGCAUAUUACAAAUAGAGAGAGAUGUACUUUGUAGUAAUCAUACGUAUUGUAUCCAUCAUACUUAUGCGAGUAGUUGCAUAAAUUGUUCCUUUUUGUGCAGUGGCAGCUAAAAAACUGACUAGUUCUAUUAUUAUAUAAUAAUAGAAGCAGUACACAAAAUUUGUGUUAUAAAAUAAAGUUGAUUUAUACAACAUUUUACAUUUCAUUCUUUGUACAAAUCCAACAUAUGUAAUGUAUGCGUCGCAUAUAAAGAUUAUGUGAACAGCAGAAACAUAACAAUUUAAAAAGAAGAAUAUCUUAAAUAUACCAGUUUCGAAUAGUUUUUCAAUGAUUCUAUACGAUUGCUUUAAUUUUAAAAUAAAUCAUGGUAUUGACACACGCGCACACACACACACGCGCACACGCACACACACACACACACACACACACCAUAUAUAUGCUAUUCCGACAAUUGAACUUUAAAGAAUCACUUAUUUAUUUUACAAAGAAAAAUUCAUAAAUACGUCAUCUAAAUAAAC